AUGGCUUCCAAUGCGAUGGGCGCCACUGGAGGUACUGCCCCUCAAAGCGUUGAGAAUAUUACACGGAUCGCACAGAACUAUGAGUACAACUCUUCCGUUCCGUUGCGAUAUUGGCUGAGGACUGCCGCGACGCUUUUACGUGAGGCUCGAAUCUACGAACGCGAAGGACACGAUGAGCAAGCUUAUCUUAUUCUAUUUCGACACGCCCAGUUGAUCCUGGUCCAUCUUUCCAAGCACCCCGAUACUAAAAAGAACGAGGAUGAUCGCAAGGCCUUGGUAGCAGCCGAGAAAGAGGUUGAGAAAAACCUUAGCAAGCUGGAGAUCCUGAGGCCACGCAUCAAUAAGCGGUAUGAGCGUUACACUCAGUUGAUGCGAGAGCGUGAAUCUCGGAAACAGCCCUCACGAGCCAAGGUUGUCGCCGAACCACGAGAACAAGUCCAGGAUCCCGCUCUCUCUGGUGUGGCAGAGCCCUUGGAAGCUGGGGAGAAUCGAGAUCUCGCCGUACAGCUAGCCCAAUCAGAGCUCAACCGCCGAGCCACCGUCCGAGAUUCCAAGGGUCUUUCUGGGCCAUCCGCCGAAGAGCUGGAAACUCGUCGCGCAGCUGGCGUAUGGGGGGACUGGGACCAGUCCAUUAAAUCGGAUCCUCGGGCGAGUGAUCUCGACCUCAGUCGGCGUGUUCAAAACAUCAGGUCUAAUUUCGAUCACACAACUCAACAUUAUGGCCAACGUGCAGGGGAGUUCGAAGUUCCUUCAUCGGCUACUUCUGCGUACAAGUAUCCAACUGUGCCACGGCAAAAGCCUCUGGAGCACACCGCGUCUCCAGGCCAAAUUGCCAUCCUCGACAAGAACGCCCAACGCCAUGCGCCUCCGAUAUUGCCUGCGAAAGAGCACCUUGGGCCUAGCCGGGCAUCUAUUAUCAGUAAUUCUGCGAAAGAUGUAGCGCCUGCGCGACCAGCGAAGGUAUCGCCAGCUCCGGCGCUACCUGCAAAGCUUCAACCUUCCGAAGAAACCUCCGCCACGCGUUCAGAUCUCGACCCCUCGAGUUACACCUUCAAACCCUCAGCCUAUCUCGAAAAUGGCACUCCCUUGCGCUCGGUAUUUUUGCCAGCGAAUCUCCGCUCCCGCUUCUUAUCCCUGGCUGCUCCCAACACCCGCGCCAACCUUGAGACAUGCGGUAUUCUGUGUGGUACCCUUGUUUCUAACGCGCUCUUCAUCUCCAAACUGGUCAUUCCCGAACAGACAGCGACAUCAGACACCUGCGAAACGGUUAACGAAUCCGCUCUGUUCGAUUACUGUGACUCUGAGGAUUUGAUGACUCUCGGCUGGAUCCACACACAUCCCUCACAGACCUGUUUCAUGAGCUCCCGUGACUUACAUACGCACUGCGGUUACCAAGUGAUGCUCCCAGAGAGCAUUGCCAUCGUGUGUGCGCCGAGCAAAAACCCCGAUUGGGGCGUAUUCCGGUUAACUGAUCCUCCAGGUCUAAAGACCGUUCUGAACUGCAACCAGACUGGUCUGUUCCAUCCACAUGCCGAGGAGAACAUCUACACUGGGGCCUUGCGACCAGGGCAUGUUUUCGAAGUCAGCGGAUUAGAAUUUCAGACGGUAGAUCUUCGUCCGGAUCCCUUCAAGAACUGA